GUCUGAAGCAACAGUAUCUCGAUUAGAGUUUAAUAAUAUAAUUAAAAAAUAUAAAUUCAAGUUAUCGAAGAAGCAAGUUACAAUGUUUUUUAUAUGGUGUUUACUCAGUUUCCAACUAUCCGACGGUGCAGUUUUAGACCCAGCAUUAUAUCUCUCACCAAGCCCUCCACUGAUCUCCAUUAGUGAUAGCAACCCUGAAGUUAUAUGGACACAACCCAGGAAUGCGCCUUUAAACACCAAAUCUAUUAUCGAUAAAGAGCCAGCGAAUGACCAGGAAGCGAUGGUGGAAGCUGAAACAUUUUGGCCGCAUAUUCGAUCAAUACACUUCCCGAUACAAUUUCAUUUGACUGGCACUUAUGGAGGCUUUGGAGGUACAGGAGUAGUCCCCAGCAGUUAUACGAAUUUAUCUGGCACCAGAGUGUACGGAAGACCUCUUAAUCUAAGUGGCUUUGGAACAGGGUCAAAGUUAUUCGGAAGCCAGGAAGCGUCGUGGUCUGGCUGGGGUAAUGGAAAAUGGGGACACUACGGAAAAGGGAAAUAAGAAUUAGUUGCUUUAUUUGAAUUUUGUGAGAUGUCAGAGUGAAUUUUCUUUCAUACUUAUGUAAUUAUAGUAUUUAUUUGUCCCUAACACGUAUUUGAAAGUAUGUUCUUAUUAAAUACAUAUGU